AUGGGCAGGGGAGGUCUACGCCCUGAGGAGUUCUUCUGUCUGUUCAACUCCACCGAAGCGUCAACACCAUACAGCAGAGGCCUUCCUGAAUUCGUAAAGACAGAGCAAACAGAAACAGAGGAAGCAACAACAACACCAACAGCUGCUGCUCCUGCUGCUCCUGCUGCUCCGGCUGCUCCUGCUGCUGCUGCUCCUGCUGCUUCGGCAGCGGCUGCAGAGUCGGCGAGCUCGGACUCGGACUGGACAGAUAUAUCGUCUGUCUCCAGUGACAGCAGCAGCAGCAGCAGCAACAACAACAACAAGAACAACAACAACAACAGCAGCAACAACAACGACAACAACAACAAGAACAGCAACAGCAGCAACAACAACAACAGCAGCAGCAGCAACAAGAGAAAGCAGCAACACACCAACAGGCAAAGCAGCAGCAAAUUUAUUUGGCGUCGCCCUGAAGCUAAUGAUGCUGAGGACAGCAGCGACUGCUACCCUAGCGGUUCAGCAUCAGCAUCAGCAGCAGCAGCAGCAGCUGCUGCUGCUGCUGGGCCAUACAGCUCUUUUCACGGUAUAAACUAUGCUCUUGGGUCUUCUUACCCUUGGAUGUUCCCUAGAGCAGCAGCAGGGGCACCUCCAGCAACAGCAGCAGCAGCAGCAGCAGCAGCAGAUUCUGAGUUUGAGUCUCUGUGGGGUGACUAUGAUACGGCGAGUUGGGGGUUUGAUGCAGAUUCUCUUUUCUCUGAUUUCGCUGGAGAGGCGGAGUUAGAGGCUGCAGCAGCUCAGGGCUUAAACCACCGCUUGCCAGACUUCAUAGAGGCAGGCGAAGUUUGUUGGUUGCCGAUGGCAGCAGAAAUGCUGAAGACUUUGAAUGUGCGCGACUGGCGGAUGUACUUCGCUCUGAGGGCGGAGCUGCUGCUGCUGCUUGCGGAGCCCAAAGAUGCCUGGGCCUCUGCCACGGCCGCGCAGCAGCUCAUGAACAGCUGCAGCAGCAGCAGCAGCCGGAGCAGUAGCAGGAGCGGCAGCAGCAGCAGCAACAGUAGAGACAUGAUGAGUGUGCGACUGAUGGAUAUAUUGUCUUUGUGCGUCUUGCAGCAGAGCCACAGUGCAGCAGCAGCAGCAGCACGGGAAUUGGAUUUGCCUCAGGCAUUGCUGAGAUGCCAGCCGCCUGAUGUCUCUCCUCUUUGUGUUUCUCUCUAA